UUCAAAAUAGCCUCAAAUAGUUUUUCCAUAUGCAAUUAUUUGGUUGUUUCGGUAAGAAAAUGUGUUUUUUUUACACUAAAAUCAAACCACUGCAUGUGGUUGUUGUUCAAGUUCUCUAUUUCACUCAUCUGCAUUCAAAUCCUCUGACUGGUGCUUGCCUCAAAACAUCUGCCAUCCUCUUCAACACAAUGUAUGCUCAUUAAAUUGCAUUUAUUUUGGAAAUGGAAUAUAAAUAUACUGCGGUAAAAUCUUUUUGUGUGAUGCUUUUCUGUUGGCAAGACAGGUAGUUGUUGUUGCAUGGCUUGGAUGGUCUCUGUGGAGAGUGCUGUGCAGAAACUAAAGCCGGUGAAUGAGGUGUCCGUGGUUAUCUCCAGUAGAACAGACACUGGUGUGCACGCCUUGUGUAACUCUGCACAUGUAGAUGUCCAGCGGAGAGGAGACAAGCCACCGCUGCCCGAGCAAGACAUGGUCGAUGCCUUAAACUUCCACUUGAAAGCAGAACCUAUAAGAAUCACCAGGGCUUACCGUGUCCACAGUGACUUCCACGCACGCUACAGGGCCGUAUCACGCACAUAUGUGUACCGCUUCGCUUUGGGUCCCAGACAUCACACAGAAAUGCCAGUAACAGAGAGGGACCUAUGCUGGGCGUUACGAGACACGAGGCUCAAUAUCGAUGCAAUGCAAGAGGCUGCUGCACUGCUGUUAGGAACCCAUGACUUCAGCACCUUCCGUGCCUUGAGCUCAGAGACGCCCUUCAAGAACCCAGUGAAGACCCUAGAGAAGGCCCAGCUGGAACCUGGGGUCUCGUUCAGUCAGAGACACUUUCACAGAGAUAUUCAGUUCUGGGAGCUCACUUUUAAAAGUAGGUCUUUUUUAUACAGACAAGUGCGGAGGAUGACUGGGGCGCUGGUUGCCGUCGGUCAGGGUAGAUUGUCUGUUAGUCAGAUACAGGAGCUGCUAGAAGCACGGGAUUCACUGGCCUUCCCACAAAACCUGACGGCCCCAGCCCACGGCCUGUUUCUGACCCAUGUACAGUACAGAGAUACAGGUAAGAAAUGUUCAGAAUAUCGCUCUACUCUUUGUACGUGUAUGUAAAUUGUAAAUGUACAUGUGAACUGUACAACCACAGCACACUGCACAGAACAACAUGGCCCAAAAUGCAAUGUGCUUGAAUUGAGCCUCCAUGUUAAUGAAUUUGAACACAUUCUUUGACAAAAUUUGAUUUAAAAUCACAAAACAGUGCGAACUGGACUGCACUUGCUGAAUUAAAUAUGUCAAAUAAUAAGCUCAUGUGCUGUUUGUUACAUAAUGCAUGCUGUUUCAUUAUUAAAUAGCAGGUAAUAUACAGUGCAGUAUGCAGUAAACAGUACACAGUAUGUUCUAUCAGCCAUUCACUAUAAUUACCCUCCUCAAGAUCAUGCAUUUUACUGUGG